AAAUUGCAGAAUACGGAGCGGGUUUUAAAAUUCCGUCGAAAUGUGGUUUUUGAGAAGCAAAGGGCCCUCUGGAUUUUCAUACUCUUCCACAGCCGAGGAAGUUACUGACGGAAUCGAUGGCUCCGCUCUCACCGCCAUUGUCACAGGAGCAUCGAACGGUAUCGGCUCUGAAACUGCGCGCGUUCUUGCAUUACGCGGAGUCCAUGUCAUUAUGGCUGUUAGGAACUUAGAUGCUGGUAGAGGUGUUAGAGAAGCCAUUGUCAAGGAGAAUCCCUCUGCAAAGGUUGAUGUCAUGGAGUUGGAUCUUAGCUCGAUGGUGUCUAUAAGAAAAUUUGCCUCAGAUUAUCGGUCGUCUGGGUUUCCACUUAACAUCCUCAUUAAUAAUGCAGGAAUAUUUGGUACCCCUUUUGGACUUUCGAAAGAGAACAUAGAACUGCAGUUUGCAACGAAUCACUUAGGUCAUUUUCUCUUGACAAAUUUGUUGUUGGAAAAUAUGAAGAGAACUGCCAUUGAUAAUAAAAAAGAAGUACGAAUCGUAAAUGUCUCUUCAGAAGCUCACCGUGCCACAUAUCCUGAAGGCAUUCUAUUUGACGGGAUUAAUGAUCAGUCAAGGUACAGUAAAUUUCGUGCUUAUGGCCAAUCAAAGCUUGCAAAUAUUUUACAUGCCAAUGAGCUUGCAAGACGUUUCAAGGAAGAACAGAUAAGCAUAACUGCAAAUUCACUUCACCCUGGAGCGAUCCCUACGAAGAUUAUGCACAACUUCCCUUUUGGCAAAGUUAUAGCAAACACCAUCGGCAGACUCGCAUUUAAAAAUCUUCAACAGGGUGCAGCAACAACAUGCUAUGUGGCAUUGCAUCCGCAAGUGGAGGGAGUGAGCGGUGAAUAUUUUGUAAAUAGUAACCUAAACAAGGCAAGCGUACGAGGUCAAGAUGUUGAGUUGGCUAACAAACUCUGGGAUUUUACCACUAACUUAAUAAAAUGAUCAAAUCUCUUUCUUUGUAUAUGUUAAGUUGUUAGCUAAUCACGUUGUAAACAACAUAAAAUUCUUAGUUGUGUUCAAAUUUUUGUACGUGGAAGACCCCAAUAGUAAAUACUUAUGUUAGGAGGGGUAAAUAAGGGAAUUCACCCCUUCAAGUUAGUUCAUGCUUAUAAUACUUUUGAGAUCUUGUGUGGUAAGUUUUUUAUUUUUGGAAACGAAUUGUGUCAGGAAGUUUAUGCUUCGUUUGUUAGAAAUGUCAUCACGAAUUAUGUUUAGGAUAAAA